AUUAUCGUCUUUUAAAGAAACGUUCUGAUUGGUUUUCCCCUACUAUGCUUCCUUUUUGUUCCGCUUUUUCUUCUACAUGGGAGUGCACCCUGAGUCGAGUCUGCACAAAUGGCUGUCAAUAGACAAUUGCGCAUUUGUCUAUAAAUUUUUCAGUUUUAUCACGAAACUUUUCCAUAUAAAUUGAUUAUUCGUUUCUAAUACUAUUAAAAAUAAUCUGAAUACUUAUGGCAUUUACUUGGCAUUUACACAAUAUGAAUUUGUUGAUUAAAGAAUUGUGAUAACUCUGUACUCACAUAACAUAGUACUGCACAGUACUUACAUGCUUUUGUGGAAGAAAAACUUCAUUGCAUACAUGUUAUAUUGGAUCUAAUUUUUCAACAUUUCUAUUCUUUCUCUUAAAUAUCUAUUAUUGAAACGCUUGCCAGCUCAUAUAACAAGGUUUUACACGUAUUUUUUUUACAAGAGAGCUUAACUCUCAUGUUGUUAUUGGUAUAAAUUUUAACUAAAUGCAAUGUAUUAUCAGAAAAAUUCUUACUUUAUUAUAUUUUUAUUUAACAUAGUAUCUAUAUUGAUUUAUAAACAGCCAUUUUUGUAACAGUACAACAAAACAAAUACAUAUCAUCAGAGGUUGUGCAAUAUAACAUUAUCUUAAUUUAUGACCGAUAUCUGAUAACGUUAUCGGUGUCACAGAAUGUGAAAAUAUGACAAUAUAAAUACCAGCAAAUAUAAGUUCUUCUUUAAAUCUCUUGACGAAUAAGGGAUGUGAUACUGUGUCUCAACUCAAAAUAGAAACUUAUAAAUUAAAAAAAGGAAAAGUGUACGAAUACUCUAAUUAACUAUGUGUAUCUUGUUUAUUUAUCGCAAUCCAAACGCUGCUGUUAGAUCUUAUCGAUUAAUAAUUGCAUCAAAUCGAGAUGAAACAUAUAAACGUCCUGCAUCAUCAGCCCACUAUUGGGAAAAACAUCCUGAAUGUUUGGGAGGUACUGACAUGGAACCUGGUAAAGAAGGUGGAACUUGGUUAGCUUUAUCAAUAAAAGGAAAAGCUGCUGUUAUUUUAAAUCUUAAUGGAGAAAGUAUAACCAAUUCCUCAAGAAAAGGUCGUGGUUCUUUGAUAAGCAAUUUUAUUACUUCUAAUGAUUCUAUAGAAUCAUACUUAAGUACCUUACACAAGGAAAAUGUUAAUGGACAACCAUACAAUCCUUAUUGUUUGGUUUUAUUCAAUUUAAACAAUGCUGACGUACAUUAUCUGAGUAGUAUAAAAUCUCCUGGACCUAAAAAAAUUUAUAACAGUGAUAUUAUAGGUAUUGGAAAUGGUGGAUUAGAUCAUUCUUAUAAAAAAGUGGAAGUAGGAAAGGAAGAAUUCAAGCAUGUUGUACAAGAUGCAGAUAUAUCAAAACAAGAUGAUCUAAUUGAAAAGCUUAUUCAUUUUUUAAAAUCAAAAAAAAAAUAUCUACCAGAUGACGAAUUACAAAGAAGAUGUCCAAUAAAAUAUAAAAAUCUUAGUUCAAUUUUUAUUUCUGGAAAAGAAUAUGGUACAAGGACACAUUCUAUAUUAUUAAUUGAUGGUUCAAACAAUGUAACAUUUGUUGAAGAAACUCUUAUGCCUGAUUUUACAUGGAAACGGCAACAAUUUCAAAAUAAAUUGAUAUAUGACAAUACUUAUUAAUAUUUAAGUGACUUUAAUUAAGUCAUUUAAUACUAUUUCAACAUCUGUUUCCGUAAUAAAAAAAGGCUAUGUUGUAUUUAUAUAAAUCAAAACUUAAUUAAAUAAAGAUUGUUUCUUAAAAAUAUCUAAGUAAGAAUAGAGAUACACAAAACCAAUAAGUUAAAAUUUUAGUAAUAUAAAAUUCAAAAUAUAAUAUCCAUAGUAUUCAUAAUAAAUAUUUAUUAAUUUCACUUAUUGAUAAAAAUAAAAGACAUAUUCAAUGUCAUGUCUUGAGACAUGUUCAAUGGUAUAAGAGAUAUAAAAAGAAAUCUUUUAUUAACUAUUGAAAACUUUAUAGAUUUAUCAUGUUUGAUUUUUUAAUUAAAUAAGAUUAGAAAAAUUAUCCUUUUUAAAAUAGUUUGAGGAAAGAUAUGCUACAUAAUCAUAUUAUCAAGAAAUAUGAUAAUAUCUCGUGCUAAAUGGGACGAGACCAAUCCAUGUGUGUGAUAUAUGUAUACUGAGUGUUCAAAAAAAGUGGUACCAAAUUUUAACAGUAUGUAGUACUUGUGAAAACAAAUAAAAAAGUCUUAAUAAACAUUACUCCAAAAAUCA